GACGCAGACUUCAGGCUGAGAGACACGCGCUGGAGCGAGGAGCCGCUGAGGAAGGGAAGCUGCAGGGCUGGGAGGUCCGGAACGCGGCCGAGCAAGAGCGCACAGCGGCUGGAGCUAGAGAGCUGGGGAACCGAGACAGCACGAGGCAGGGGCACGGAAGGAGAGAGCUAGGGACGCCGAGAGCCGAAAGGACAGAGACAGUAGAGGCGGAAAGAGAGACCAGUGGAGGAGACGGAGAGGAGCGCAGAGAGACACACACGAAGAGAACUGGGGUGGGAGUGACAGGCCCCGGCUGCUGCCUGAGGACGGUGGCCUGCAGCCGGCAUCCCAGUGGUCCCACCCUUGGGAGCCUUCUAGUGCAGGCUGCACGCUGCCUUAGGCGAUGGCCGAUUCCUGCCGGAACCUCACUUACGUGCGGGACUCGGUGGGACCGACCACCAGCACCCUGAUGUUCGUGCUGGGCGUGGUGGGCAAUGGGCUGGCACUGGGCAUCCUGGGCGCGCGGCGGCAGUCACGCCCGUCGGCCUUCGCCGUGCUGGUCACCGGGCUGGCGGUGACCGACCUGCUGGGCACGUGCUUCCUGAGCCCGGCCGUAUUCGUGGCCUAUGCUCGCAACAGCUCUCUUCUGGGCCUGGCCCGCGGGGGGCCCGCGCUGUGCGAUGCCUUCGCCUUCGCCAUGACCUUCUUCGGCCUGGCCUCCAUGCUCAUCCUCUUCGCCAUGGCCGUGGAGCGCUGCCUGGCGCUCAGCUACCCCUACAUGUACGCCCAGCUGGACGGGCCCCGCUGCGCCCGCCUGGCGCUGCCUGCCAUCUAUGCCUUCUGCACGCUCUUCUGCGCGCUGCCCCUGCUGGGCCUGGGCCAGCACCAGCAGUACUGCCCGGGGAGCUGGUGCUUCAUCCGCCUGCGCUCCGCCGACCCCAGAGGCUGCGCCUUCUCCCUGUCCUAUGCCAGCCUCGUGGCCUUGCUGGUGAGUGCCAUAGUCCUGUGCAAUGGCUCCGUCAUCGUCAGCCUCUGCCGAAUGUACCGCCAGCAGAGGCGCCACCAGGGCUUGCCGGUCCCCAGCUCCCGGUCGCGUGAGGAGGAGGUUGACCACCUGAUCCUGCUGGUCCUCAUGACAGUCAUCAUGACCGUGUGCUCCCUGCCGCUCACGAUUCGUGGUUUCACCCAGGCCAUCGCCCCGGACAGUAGUGAGAUGGGAGACCUCCUUGCUUUCCGCUUCAACGCCUUAAACCCCAUCCUGGACCCCUGGGUCUUCAUCCUCUUCCGCAAGACCGUCUUCCAGCGACUCAGGUUCUGGCUCUGUUUGUGUCCUCGGUCUGUCCUAAGUGACUCAGAGACACCCCAGGCCCAGCCAGCUUCAGGGAGGAGGGACACCCUGAUCCCUGCUGCUCUGGAGGGGACCUUGGUGCCCCUGUCGGCCUGGAGUAAGGGACAGGUGGCGCCAUUGCCUCCUGUCUCGCGGCCCGGUGGGGGCAGCACCGUGGGAACGACGACGCUGUCCAAAGCCGAGGCUGCUGUCGCCUGCUCUCUCUGCUGAACUGAAACUGGCCCUGUGACCUCCUGCCCUGUCUUCCUGGUGCAGAAGCCAGAAAAGCAGGGACAUGGCUGUUGUGGGAGCCAGAACAUUGGCCCCCCAAAUUGUAGGGGUGGUCAUCGGCUAUUUCCCUCCAUCAGGGUGGCCAUGGAGGCUGUGGGAGGAGAAAGAGUUACCCUGGAGCAUGAAAGAACAGUUGUCUCAAAAUAGCCCACAGCCUGGCCUGCCGGCCCUGGCCUUGGGCUCCCCAUCCAUCUCACUGUCCAAAUAUUUAGAAGGUGGCAAGGUUCCCAGUGGCUUCUGGGUACUCAGGUCUGCAGGGGGUUAGGAUUCCUGCUCCCACCCUUAUCCAUCAAGCGGGGUCCCAGCUGCCCGUCCCAGUUCCUGGGAGAAGGCCCUGCCCUUUCCCAAGCUAGAGAUUCCCAGAAAGCUCCCCUCUAACUACUGUUCGCCAUCAUUCUUGGAGAUCCUGCAUCUCAAAAGGAGGUGGGUAGAAGGAGGGGUGCUGCAUUAUAAAAAGCACUAGUGGGCAUGUACCUGGUACCCUAGAAACGCCAUAGCUUAAUGGGCCAUGCAGUAUGGCCUGUCGUCUGUAAGUGUGGCCGGGAAGACAGCAGCUGAAGGGGUGGGGGUGGGGGGAAAAGCAGGUACCAGCCAAGAAUGCAGCCCCCAGUCCUGUGUCUUCUGUUCUCUGGGGCCUGGACAAAUAACUGCCUCCCUACAGAGCCUGGCCUCACCUCAUUAUCCUUGGAGCCCUAAAGAUUUCAUUCAUUCAUUCAUUCAUCCCAUACACAGCAGGCGCCAACUCCACCCUGUGUCGGGACACAGGGCAGUCUCUGGCCCACUCCAGACCCUGCUGGGGUGAUUUCUAGGCAAGCCCAGGGAUGGGAAUCUGGGGUGCUUGGGAAUGGAAGUGAGUUGGCUUGGAGAGCCAGGGAGAGUGGCCAGAAGACUUCCCACCCCCAGCCCACACUGCCUGCCUCGGUUUCCCUUCCUCACUCACUCCAGGCUGCACCUGGGGAAGGGGUAGAGCAGUGUGAGCUGAUGGUUGAGCUGGCGGCGCGCAGCAGGUCCUGCAUGCGAGGCACACUCUCCAGCCGCCGGGCAGCCGCCUGUGACCAGAGCUUCUAGGGCUGGGCCGGAGUCAAGGCCCAGAGAAGGCGAGCACUGCCCUGGGCCACACAGCAGAAAAAGCGGACCCGCCUCUGGGCCCCGGAGCCGAGCCAGAUGGCCUAAUUCACUGCAGGGCACAGCUUGCUGACUGGAACCCUGCACUGCUCUGUGACUCGCUUUCUUUCCGACUGUAAUCAGGGGCUCAGCUUAGGGGAUAGCUGUGAGGCUGAGAGAUGAUGGGCUCUGAAGUCUGCUUUAGCUCAGGGCUGGGAAGCAGGGCUGGCCUAGGCAUUACUGUUACUGCCGUUAUUGUCACUGCAGUUAUUAUCUGGGCAAACAUGAUUUGAAAACCAGACCAAGCAAGCAUGGCAUUAUUGUUUUCCCUUUUAUUUAUUUGUAGUCACUGUUUCAAAUCACAUUUAAGAAAAACAAGGGGUAGCUGG